UUGUAGAAUUCAUGUCAAAGUGCUGCAUUAAUGCAUGGACAAAAAAAUAGCUAAUGCGAUCAUUAUUUUGAUUUUCGAAAUAUGAGCCAAUUCCGUAAUCGAUUUGGAUCGCUGUUAAAACAGCAAUUACAAAAAUCCACUCAAAAUAUUUCCAUUAAUAAUCGAAUAUCUAAAAUUUUAGCGAUUUCAAAUCGCCAACAAUCAUUGUGGUGUCCAAUCUAUAAUGAAUCUAUUUUGCAAAGACAUAAUUAUAGACGGAUUUUCACAUCAUUUACGCGGCAUUUAAGUGAUUCGAAUAAAGAACAACAAAAUAAUACUCCAAAAAUUCCUAAUCCGAUAUUCGGUCAUGAUGUUGAAAUUGAUGGACGUAAAAUUCAUUAUGAAAGUGCUGGUCAAGGUGAACAUGUAUUAUUGUUAAUGCCGGGUGCAUUAGGCACUGGCCGCAAUGAUUUUCUUCCACAAUUGACCGGUUUGGAUGGAUCAAAAUUCAAAAUUAUUGCAUGGGAUCCACCUGGUUAUGGACAAAGUCGACCACCAGAACGAGAUUUUGAAGAUUUCUAUCGACGUGAUGCCGUUAUGGUAGCAAAAUUGAUGAAGAAAUUGAAUCAUGAUAGUUAUUCUAUUCUUGGAUGGAGUGAUGGAGGUAUAACUGGAAUCAUAUUAGCAGCCGCUAAUCCAAAUAAUUUACAGAAAUUAAUUAUAUGGGGUGCAAAUGCUUAUGUUUGCGAAGAAGAUCGAGAAUUAUUGCGUAAAGUUCGUGAUGCUCGUCAUGGAUGGUCUGAAAGAAUGCGACGACCAAUGAUCGAAAUUUAUGGUGAAGAACAUUUCUAUCAAUUAUGGGAUCGUUUUAUUUCGCAUAUGUUAACAUUAAGUGAUAUUUGUAAAUCAGAUCUAAAACGUAUUGAAUGUCCAGUGUUAAUAUUACAUGGUGAUGAAGAUCCAAUGCUUGCACGUGAACAUCCACUUUAUCUUGUUAAUAAUAUUCCUAAUGCUACAUUGUUUCGAUUUCCCAAAGGUAAACAUAACAUUCAUCAACGAUUUGCCGAAGAAUUUAAUGAAUUAUGUGAAGAUUUUCUUCUAACUAAAUAAUAAUUAUAGUCAAAUGUGAAUGGAAGACUUUUUAAUUUGUAAAAAUGGUUUGAAUUAAAUUGAAAAUUGG